GCCGCUCUGGCAUCGCUGAAGGACUCGGUGGGAGACAGAAAAAUUUGGUGAACUCAACUAAUAAAAAAUAAAAAAAAAUUAGCAAACACGGGGCUAAAUUAGAUCAAAAAAUAAAUACACACAUAGUAUAGUGACUGUACCUCUGGUUAAAACUGCAGACAUUUCCUUGAGGACUUAAAGGAUCCCAGUGAUUCAGAUCAACAACAUCAUUAGGUAACCCAUCCCCUCCCCACUCUCUGUGUGAAGAAGAGUCUCCUUCAACAACAUGACUAGUGCUGUGUUGCAGCUGAGUGUCUGCCCUGCCCUACUCUUCCCUUCUCUUGCCUGGUGAGGACCUGCUUUGAUGGAGAGCUGUGUGGGCCUGGCUCUGAAGAAGCCCAGUCUGGACGCAGAACCAGAUCCAGACACCAGAACCCACUUCAGAGUGUGUCGGUUCAUCAUGGAGACAGGAGUGAAGCUGGGGAUGAGUUCUGAACCACUGGCCACAGCCUGCACAGUGUAUCACCGUUUCUUCCAAAGCUGCAGCCCACAUGUGUUUGAGCCUUACCUAGUGGCCAUGGCUGCAAUCUACCUGGCCGGGAAAGUGGAGGAGCAGCACCUUAGGACCAGAGACAUCAUCAAUGUGUGCCACAGGUACCUGAAUCCUGGUUCCGAUCCCCUGGAAUUGGACUCGCGGUUCUGGGACCUGCGGGACAGUAUUGUACAGUGUGAGCUGCUGGUGCUACGGGUGCUCAACUUCCAGGUGUCUUUCCAACACCCGCACAAGUACCUGCUUCACUACCUGCUCUCUCUGAAGGCUCUGAUGAACCGUCAUGCCUGGGACCGCACCCCCAUCGCCGUGACGACCUGGGCGCUACUGAGAGACAGUUACCAUGGCAGCCUGUGCCACCCACCCCAGCAUGUCGCAGUGGCAAUUCUCUACUUGGCACUGGAGGCACUUGGGGUGGAGGUGCCUGUAGAGGGGGAGAAGGAGUGGUGGCAGGUGUUGAGUGAUGACAUCACCAAGCCAGCUAUCGAUGACAUCAUUUUUGAGCUUAUUCAGAUCUACAACAUGGAUGCCAAGUGCACCUGAGAGAGAGAGAGAGAGAGCGAGAGACUGGGUUUAUUGGGAAGCUACUGAAACCAAACUGGGAAUACUAGUAAACGUUCCAGUGUGUAAAAUGAUGGAAGACAGCCAUCGCUGCAGAAACGGAAGGGGAGGGGUGCAAUGAAGGACAAUCCCAGUCAUUCUUCAUUCAUUUGAUAGGAGAAAAGAGAACAUACAGGGUGCCUCGUCUUUGCAAAAAAAGAAAAUUGAAGAGGACCCCAGUUUUGAUGUCAGCCCCUCUAUUGUCCAACGUCAAACAAACUUGCAUUUACGUCAGAAACACCUCCUCGUGUUCAGUUUGAUUCUUAUUUUAGAAAUCGUGAAUUUAUCAGUUUUUAUUGCAGAAAAAUCUAAAACCGGUGGAAAUUGUUUUCUGAGGGUUUGGUUAAAGCCCAGGGAUAACAAAAAGUUCAAAGAAAAGUUUUCUUUUUAUAAAGUUUCAUUCUCUUUGUGUUGAGUUGAAACUGUGUAUUUUUAUGGUUCCAUUAAAAAAAACUAAAUUAUUAGUAACAGAAAAAUCUACAUAAUGUAAAAUAUUCCAUACCAGAAUAGGUACUGUAAAGCCAUAGAUAUUAGUUUUUCACAUAUGGAAUAAAACUGCAAACAUUUUUGGCACGUAUCAAAUUGCAACAGGUCGCCAACUAUCCUAGAGCAAAAUAAGUUUUAUGGAUGUGAUUCGCCAAAUAUUUUGGUUGCAAAUAUUUAUGGCUUUACAGUAUUUUCAUAUGCAAAAUGUGGGUGAAACUUGUAAUACAAAAAAACUAAUACUGUAUUUCAAAUAAAAUCUUUAAAAACUGAAAGUACAGGUCCU